UGGAGAAGGUCGCGCGCGAGGCGAGGCGGCGGAGACGGCAGUUCCCAGGCAGCGGUUGCACGCGGCGCUUUAUUUCCUCCCCGGCGGCCUUUCGAAAGCUCUCUCGGGGAUAAAGCGAAUUUCUUGUUUUCCGAAUCGCGUUCAACAAGGCUUUGCAACAUGGGCGGAACUGCUUGCUGUCGCGACGGCCGAUGCUGUGGGUGCUGCUCCCUCCGCGCCGGAGCUCUGGCCAUCGCUAUUCUGAACCUGCUGGUCUCUAUCGUUGGUGUGGUGUUAGUCAUAUACUUCUCCAGCAGAGGAGGCUCUGUGCAGUGGGUAAGGCUCGCUAUCCACGUCAUUCAGCUGAUUUUCAACUGUCUGCUCAUCCAUGGCAUUCGGAAGGAGCGCAAGGGCUUCGUGAUGGCGUGGGUCUGGGUGAUGACCAUCAUCGUCCUCGGCACGGUCAUCCUGUGCGUCAUCGAGCUGGUCAAGCGAGAGAACCCAGCGGGGGACCACACGCCCCUGGUCGUCCUCAUAGCCUCGGUGCUCAACGGGUUUUUCAUCAUUGUCGUGAGGUCGUACGGGCUGUCGAUUAGUGAUCGACGGGGAGAAGCUUAAGAAAAAAACAUUGGAAACUGGAAGCUAAAUUGUUAAUAUUGAUGAAGAAGUUGAUUUAGAAAAAAAAAAAAAAUUGUUUUCAAGUGACAGAUUAGUUUUUAUGCAACGAAAUCAACUAACAUUAGCUUUAAGGUGAACUAUCAGUGAUAAAUAACAUGUGAUAUGUAUAAUAAAAGUCUUGCACUGAA